GUUCCGGCGAGCGCGCACUGAGACUGUGGCCAUGGAGGAAACCAGCGGCUUCCGGAAGCCGGGUGGACCUGGGCAGAGCAGCCCGAGCGCUCUGCCGCUUGACUGAGCGAGUCCGCAGAUGGGAGUCUGGACAGCGCUGCCCGCAGAUCCAGGCUGGUGACAAGGACUCUUCCCAGGAAGGACCAGAGGGCCUUUUCCACCCGGCCAAUGAGGGAGCUGGUGAGCAGACUACUGCAUCUGCACUUCAGGGAUUGCAAGACUAAAGUCAGUGGGGAUGCACUGCAGCUCAUGGCAGAGCUCCUGAGGAUCUUCGUAAUAGAAGCUGCUGUCCGUGGGGCUUGGCAGGCCCAGGCAGAGGACCUAGAUGUUGUGAAUGUGGAUCAGCUGGAGAAGGUGCUUCCUCAGCUGCUCCUGGACUUCUAGAGAUUGCACCUGUGGCCUGCAAAGUCUAGGAUGAAUUCACAUCAGCACUGACAUCUAGUUUUCAAGCUCUCCAGCUUCCAGAACAUGGGAAGACCCCAGCAGCUGUUACCCUUCCUAGCUAUUGCCUCUGGGGAUCCUUGUGAGACAGGUGCAGGGAAAGGUGGACCAGCCUGCCCACAGCCACAGCCACCCACCCACCCCCAGCCUUUCACUAUAAACAAACCAGCCGCUGGCAGUGCCGCCUUCUUGCCACCUACAUCAAAGCUUCUGUGUAGCUUUGUAACCACCUGACCCCCACCCCCAGGAUGCCUCCUUGAGCUAUAAAUUUGUUCUUACAAAGCAACAUCAAUAAAUCAACACCAUCUCUCUGA